CGCUAUCGUGCUAAGCAUCCUAGGCGAACUAUCCCCCUCCACCGAUUAUCAGAUAGCGAGAGCCGCCACCAUUCGCUGCCAAUAAGCCUAUCAACGGUCUGCCCGAGUGAUUUAAGUCCCACGAUGUCGCGCCGUUCCCCGCUUAUGGCUAUCCGAUAUGGCUUGGGCUAGAAACGUCGCUUGACGUUGCGUCGCAGGUAUAUAUACGCGCGUUCAGCUAUGCAGUCCACGAUAUCGCACGCUAUGAUUUAUGCUUGACUUUCUACAGCCGAGAUAAGGUGUUUGUGAUUCGUGUUUAUUCUGCGAUUAUCUGUUACUGUGGCGGCACGACAAACCACUGCGAGCAUGGCGCCCUCACCCACGAAGAGGCGCUCCGUUGCCGAGGAACCUGUCACGAGCGUGUUACCUGACGGGGACGUGCCGUACGAUCCUACGCAUGAGUUCAGCGCUGAUGAUGAGGCGCUGGCUGCGUUGGGGUAUAAGAGCGAGUUCAAAAGAGAGUUCAGCCUUUUCACGACCUUUUGUGUCAGUUUUGCCGUUUUGGGGCUGUUGCCGAGCUUCGCCUCGACGAUGUACUAUGGUCUUGGUUAUGCAGGUACCGCCGGCAUGACAUGGGGAUGGCUAAUUGCCAUGAUCGGAAUCCAAUCAGUGGCUUGUAGUAUGGCAGAGAUUUGCAGCUCUAUGCCUACCAGCGGAGGACUCUACUACGCCUCAGCGGUCCUGGCACCCCCUGGUUGGGGACCAUUCGCUGCAUGGAUUACAGGAUGGAGCAACUGGUUCGCUCAAAUAAGUGGAGCACCAUCUGUCAACUACGGAGUCGCUUCUAUGAUUCUCGCUGCUGCGUCGAUCAAUAACCCAGACUACAUUCCCUCGACCUGGCAAACCUUCCUGGUGACCGUCUUUCUUAUGAUCAUCCAUUCCGUCAUGUCCUCUUUGCCGACAAGAUGGCUGGCGAAGAUCAAUUCUGGCGGCUCGACGUUCAACUUCAUCGCCUUGAUCAUAGUUAUCAUCAUGAUCCCUGCUGGUACCGAUCGCCAAUCUCGCGGCCUUCCUCGUUUUGAAGACUCUUCUGUUGUUUGGGGUUCGAUCUACGAAGGGACUUCCUUCCCAGCUGGCAUAUCAGUCUUGAUGUCCUUCAUCAGCGUGAUCUGGACAAUGAGCGGCUACGACAGCCCCUUCCACCUUGCGGAAGAGUGCUCAAACGCUAGCAUUGCGGCUCCACGCGCUAUUGUCCUGACUUCUGCGACUGGCGGUCUCUUCGGCUGGUUCCUGCAGCUCGUUGUCGCUUACACCGUUGUCGAUAUCGACGAGGUUCUCGCGUCCGAUCUUGGACAGCCGUUCGCUGCGUAUCUGAUGCAGUGCAUGUCCCAGAAGUUGACGCUGGCGAUUCUUGCGAUGACGAUCAUCGCAGGCUUCUCGAUGGGGCAGGGUUGCAUGAUUGCAGCGAGUAGGGUUACGUUUGCGUACGCGCGUGACGACUGCUUCCCGCUCAGCAAAUUCUGGAAACAAGUCAAUCCAAUCACAAAGACACCAGUAAAUGCUGUGUGGCUGAAUUGUGGGGUGGGAAUAAUCUUACUUCUGCUAAUGUUCGGAGGUGAAUUGGCUGUCGGAGCGUUGUUCAGUAUUGGAGCGAUUGCUGCUUUUGUUGCUUUCACGACACCCAUUUUCAUCCGCGUCUUCUUCGUAGGAAACAGGUUCCGCCCCGGGCCUUGGAAUCUGGGCAAGUUCUCGAUUCCUACCGGCAUCGUUGCGUCUGCUUUCGUCAUUCUCAUGAUCCCUGUACUAUGCCUGCCCACCAUCACUGGCAGCGAAUUGACUGCGGCCGAUAUGAACUGGACUUGCGUUGUCUACGGUGGCCCCAUGACUCUCAUCAUGAUCUGGUGGGUUGUCAGUGCGCGCAAAUGGUUCAAGGGUCCCAAGGUCAAUAUCGACCAUAUGAUGCUCGGACGCGAGGGCAACGUCGUGAUGGGUGUGGGAGAUGAAUCGAGCCUCAAAGAUCGAGGUAGCUUGUCGGAGGAAGGAAAGCUGUCGGACAAGGUUCCUGUAAAGUCAUGACUGGCUUGCAAAUAUUAGAGAGUGUGUUGUUAGUGAGUGCUCGAGUAUCAAGAUGCGAUAUCCCCA